AUGGAUCCCAGCCUGAGCUGUCUAAAAAUUCUCAUUUCUACACUUUGUUUUUGUUCUUCCCCUCACUUUUUUCUUUUGAACGUGUUUUUCCUUUUGGGUUGUCUAAAUCAAACAUUUGCUGCAGCAUAUAAAAAUAUAGAAGGGCUCACUGUUGCUGCGACAUUUUAUUUUUCCCACUUUGUUUUUUCUACGGGGUGUUCCUGCAACUCCCGAGCCUCGGUCUACAACCAUCCUCCACCGCCGAGUAACACCAAAAAUAUUCCCUCACGACAUUUCACAUCGGAAAUGUGUCUUCCUUUUUUAUUUUUCAAAUUCCUACUUGUCCCAUACAUACAGAAUAAUCUUACAUCGAUACGAUAUGAGAAUUAG